CUCUCUCUCUCUUCACACUCAGCACCAAAUUCCAAAUCCCUUCUUCACACUGUGCAUUUUUUCCACCCUCUUCAAAUUUCAGAUCACUCUGUUUUUUUUUGCUCCUACCCCUUUUUCAAUUUUCCCUCUCUCCAUAAUCAUCACUGCCAUUUCAUCUCAACAGGGAUGCUGAUGUCACUGUAGAGCUUUGGGUCUUGCAUGAUGUCACUAUUAGCUAGCUAGGGCCUAGGUGGUGGUGGUGAUCUGACUGAAGCAAACAGUGCUUCAUUUAUUGUGAUCAAUCGGAGCCCGUGACUCGGGUGAUUGGAUUGGACUCUUAUCUCCAUUGCAUUCAAAUUUGCAGUGGAAACUUCGUGUCAGAGCUCAAGAAUUUACCCACUCAAUUCAAAGCACCAAAAGGGGUCUGCUCUCUUUCUCUCUCCAUUACUCAUUGGUAUAAGUCACAGUCACUGUAAGCCUCUGGGUUUCUUUAUGACACAGCCUCUGUUUUCGUUUUCUGCUACAGGCAUCAAAAAUUGUAGGAAUGUGAGCAAAAAAAAAAAACCCAUUUGAGAAACAAGUGUUUUUGACUGAAAUGAUGGGUCUUUAGUACUCAACUGUGAAUUUUAGAGUUUGGGUGUUUAGGUUUUCUUUGUUUGGUGAACUGGGUUUAGUACAAUUGGGGGAAAAUGCUAGAGCCUGAGCUGUGUGCUUCUAGGGUGCUGUCACCUUCUCAUGACGAAAGUGGGGAGGAUGAGCUUUCAGUUCUUCCCAGGCACACUAAGGUAAUUGUUACUGGGAACAACAGAACAAAGUCUGUGUUGGUGGGUCUACAGGGAGUGGUCAAGAAAGCGGUUGGGCUUGGUGGUUGGCACUGGCUGGUUCUGAAAAAUGGCGUUGAAGUCAAGCUUCAAAGGAAUGCAUUGAGUGUGCUGGAACAUCCUACAGGGAAUGAGGAAGAUUUCAACAAUGAUUAUGAUAACUCUAGCAGUAGCUCUGAACUGGGUGUGAAGGAGAAUGAUUUCACUAGGAGUCUUGAGUUCCACAGACAUGAUAAACCAAGAUUUCGGUAUCCAAAAUCAUAUGUUCCAUCCACCAAGUCGAUUUAUCGUGGCAGUUAUCAAGAAUUUCAGUCCAUCCACAAACCUCAGCUGAGAGUAAACAUGGCAAAACUAGGAACAAGCACUUUGCGGAGGUACUGCAGGCACUUCAACCUUGUAAGCAGCUAUCCUAAUCCAACGAGGGAGCAACUGAUUAACGUUGUGCAACGACAUUUUACAUCACAGCUGAUGCGAUUGGAUGAGGUAUCAGUGAUCACUGAAUUUGUCAAUGCUGCAAGGAGGCGCAAAUCUGCCGAGUUGGCUAGGAAACGUACAGAACGAGAAAUGUGAAUGUUGGAAUGCUUGUAUAUCUACCCUACCUAACCUUUAGAUCAGAUCUAAUCAUAGAGUGAUGUGGAGAGUGCUUGGCUUACUAUA